CGCAGACGUAAUUUAUUUUGAAGGGUUAUACCGGAAACGGUACCACUUAACUAACGGGAGUCUCUGAAUUCGGCUUUCAGUUACACCUUAGUGACUAUCCUUCAGUUUUAUUAUUGAAAUAUCAUAAUCACUGGACUUGACUAAAUCGAAAGCACAGCUAUGUCCAGCUGUGUGCGGAGCUCCAGGGCUCUGUCCCCUGUUAUGCUCCCCCGGCUGCGGCUGCUUCACCAGACGGGGUAUAGAUUGGUAGGCAGGGGUCUCUGGACUUCCCCUCGGUGUUUCACUGUAAGUGGAGACUCCCAGCUGCUUCCAUUGCCUAGCCAGGCCCGGGUCGUCAUCUGUGGUGGAGGUAUUGUGGGAACAUCAGUGGCCUACCACCUGGCUAGACUGGGCUGGACUGAUAUUGUACUACUUGAGCAGGGCAGACUUGGUGCAGGAACAACAAGACUAUGUGCUGGUAUUGUCAGCGUGGCCAAGCCCAUUUCCAUCGAGUGUCAAAUGGCUAACUACUCCAGUAGUCUUUACCAGCAGCUGGAGGAGGAGACGGGGGUAAAAACAGGUUGUGUGAAGACAGGGUCUUUGUGUCUGGCUCAAAAUCAGGAUCGCUUCAUUUCUCUUAAGCGCCUCGCAUCAAGGCUGAAGGUAAUGGGGAUCAAUUGUAAUAUUAUUAAACCUAAAGAGGUGGCCAAACUCCACCCCCUUGUUAACAUUCAUGACCUGGUAGGCGCACUCCACCUUCCUGAAGAUGCUGUCGUGUCUCCACCAGAUGUUAACCAUGCCCUUGCCGUGGCUUCAGCUGGACAAGGGGUUCAGAUCCUGGAGCGAACCAGUGUUCAGCAGGUUCUGGUAGAGAAGGGAUGUGUAACAGCUGUCGAGACUGACCGUGGUUCCAUUAAGUGCGAAUAUUUUGUCAGCUGUGCUGGACAGUGGGCUUAUGAGCUGGGCCAGGCUAGUGAGACGAAGGUGUCAGUUCCCCUCCAUGGAUGUGAACACUUCUACCUCCUCACCAAACCUCUCCAGGAGCCACUUCCACCCAACACACCAGUGGUGAUUGAUAUGGAUGGCAGGAUAUAUGCACGGCCAUGGCAGGGAGGCCUUCUGUCAGGAGGCUUUGAGAAAAACCCCAAACCCAUCUUCACUGAGGGUCGCAACCAGCUGGAGAUCCAGAACAUGCAGGAGGACUGGGAUCACUUUGAGCCGAUGCUCAGUGCCCUGCUGAGGAGAAUGCCCAGCCUCGAGUCAGCUGAGAUCCAUCAGCUGGUCAACUGUCCGGAGUCCUUCACACCUGAUAUGCGCUGUCUGAUGGGCGAGACCCCAGGUGUGUCUGGGUACUAUGUGCUGGCAGGAAUGAACUCCUCAGGCCUGGCCUUUGCUGGAGGGGCUGGAAAGUACCUGGCAGAGUGGAUGACCUAUGGCUACCCCACCGCCAAUGUCUGGCCACUGGACAUCAAACGCUUUGGCAACCUACAGAGCAGCCGAACCUUCCUGAGACACAGAGUGAUGGAAGUCAUGCCCCUGCUGUAUGAGCUGAAGGUUCCCCGGUGGGACUUCCAGACCGGACGCCAGCUGAGGACCAGUCCUUUGUACGACCGCCUGGACACUCAGGGGGCUCGGUGGAUGGAGAAACAUGGCUUUGAAAGGCCCAAGUACUUUGUUCCUCCAGGAAAAGAUCUGCUGUCCCUGGACCAGAGUAAGACUUUUUAUAAGCCAGACUGGUUUGACAUAGUUGGAGCAGAAGUGAAAUGCUGCAAAGAGGCCGUCUGUGUCAUCGACAUGUCCUCCUUCACCAAAUUUGAACUGACUUCAACAGGUGACCAAGCCUUGGAACUGCUGCAGCAUCUCUGUGCCAAUGACCUGGAUGUUCCCGUUGGACACAUUGUCCACACCGGCAUGCUGAAUGAGAGAGGUGGCUAUGAGAACGACUGCAGUGUGGUCCGCCUCAGCAAGAACAGCUUCUUCAUCAUCUCUCCGACAGACCAGCAGGUCCACUGUUGGUCCUGGAUAAAGAAGCACAUGCCUAAUGACCCACACCUCCACCUGGAGGAUGUCAGCUGGAAGUACACUGCUUUAAAUCUGAUUGGACCGCGAGCUAUGGAUGUUCUUGCUGAACUGUCAUAUGUUUCCAUGACACCUGACCAUUUCCCCUCCAUGUUCUGUAAGGAGAUGAGUGUGGGCUAUGCCAACGGGAUCAGAGUCAUGAGCAUGACUCACACUGGGGAACCAGGUUUCAUGCUCUACAUCCCCAUUGAGUACGCACUGCAUGUGUACAACGAGGUGAUGUCAGUGGGUCAGAAGUACGGGAUCCGUAACGCAGGGUACUACGCAUUGCGAAGUCUACGCAUAGAGAAAUUCUUCGCCUUCUGGGGUCAGGACCUCGACGCCUUCACCACCCCGCUGGAGUGUGGACGAGAGUUCAGGGUCAAGUUUGACAAGGACACAGAUUUCAUCGGCCGUGAGGCAUUGCUUCAGCAGCGUCAGGACGGUGUGACACGACGGUUUGUCAUGCUGGUUCUGGAGGACCAUGACACCGAGCUCGACUUGUGGCCGUGGUGGGGUGAGCCCGUCUAUCGUAAUGGUCAACUAGCGGGGACGACCACCAGCAGCGCCUACAGCUACACCCUGGAGCGCCAUGUUUGCCUGGGCUUUGUGUCUCCACCCCUUGGCCCUGAGGGGCUCCCCACACCCAUCACUCCUGACUUCAUCAACCGCGGGGACUACGAGGUGGACAUUGCUGGUCAGCGCUAUCCAGCCAAAGCCAAGCUCUACCCCUUCAGCUCCCUCUUCACCCAACAAAAGCGCCGCAAGGAUGACAUGGAGCUCAGCAACCUGCAGGGGAAGUGAUGCAGAAUAACGCAACUUUCCUGUGACACUCCUCCACCAAAUCCACUCCUGCUCUUACCUUGCAGUGCCAACCUUUCUUUCCUUUUAUAUCUCCUAAUGAGAGGGCUUUAUGCACAAUCACUCCUUGUAACUCUAAUAUUUAAUCUCCUUGUUGCAUCUCCCUCUUUCUAAGUGCAAUAUUUAAUACGCUCCAGAUGCUUUUGCUGCAUUAAAUACAAAGCUCUAGUCUCAUCAAAUUCUGCCGUUGUUUCUCAGCCCUGCCCAGCUUCACUCUUAAACACAGUCCACACAGUCUCAUGGCUGACUGAGACACUCCCUGGUUAAGUGCCUUUGUUAAGGCAACAUCAGCACAAGAUGCUGAAGACUUUUUCCACUUUGUUCUCUGUAACCUAUCCAGAACGGAUUUGACCGACAAUCUUCUCCAGUACUGUUGUAAACUUCCCACUCUGCAGAUGGCUACAGUCCAUGUAGUUGUUGACUCUAUUGUCAUUUUACAAACCAUAUAUUUGCUGCUGUAAAGAUAUGAGUGAUGUGAUGUAAAGAGUGGCUUAAUUCAGACACUUUACAACUUUGUCAGCACUACACCUGACGAUGAAGGAAAUGGUAUUUUCCUGAAUUGGGGAAAGCCCUGGGAAGCAUAAAACAUCCUGGGAUAAUCAUUAGUCCUUUGCCCAUUACUAAACUUCCACUCUUGUUAAAAGGAUUCCCAGGAUUUCCCAGAAUUCCUUCAUUUCCCUUGAAAGUGUUGUUAUCAUCAGUUGUGAGCUUAUUUUGCGGUGUGUGGAACCUGUUGUAAUGUACUUUCAAUCUGUUAUUUAUGUUCUGUCGUUAUGAAGCAUUGUUGCACUUCUCGAUGUUUAUGCUUAGUUUUGUUGAUGUUUUGCUGAAUGUGUGGCUGGUGAGAGAAGCCAAGAUGAGACAGGAACUCUGUGACUGGAGUCUACAAUAUCUCAUAUCUUACAUUUGUGGUUUGACUUUUGCCUGGUUCAGAGUUUAGAUGUUUGUGUAAAGAAACUGCAAUUCAAAAUAAAUUGUAUUUUUGUAUAA